ACAACAUGGAUGGAUACACAAAGCUGAACCAACACUUUCUUUACUAUGUGGACAAAUAUGGGUUCACAUAAGACAGUGACUUACACUUGGCAUAACUGGAGCUGUAUUCGUUUAAUUUUUGUGCUGUAAGUUCGUGUGAAAUGACUCGUGUUUUUGUUUGGGAGCGCGAAAUGUUCAGUGUAUACAUCUAAGAGACAUGCAACAUGGACAGGAAUGGGCCAAAGAAAGUCUGCAGGAAGAGUCAGAUGCCAUGCCACCAGCCACCCCUCAACAUCUGCUCCUCCAGGAGCUGAGGCCCUGCUGCAGUGUGAGUGAAAGGAGACCCCACUGGCUCCAUGGCUCAUUCGUCAGAGCCAUCCCGCAGGGAGAAGACCCCCGGCACUCAAGGGUCGCACACAGCUACACGCAAUCUCCUCCGAAAGAAGGAGCAGCGCCGACGCGGAAUCCGAUCCUCCUCACCCAUGGGCAGGGUCAUCCUCAUCAACUCUCCUGUGGACGGUGGAGAUGACAGUGAAGACCUGCACACAAUCACAGUGGACAAGAGUCUGGAUGGGAGACUUGGCUUUAGCGUCAGAGGAGGAUCCGAACAUGGGCUCAGCAUCUUUGUCAGUAAAGUGGAGGACAACAGUACAGCGGAGGAAGCAGGUCUGCGUGUUGGGGACAAACUGGUGGAGGUGAAUGGGAUCAGUCUGGAAAGUAUUACCAUGAGCAGUGCUGUUAAAGUCCUGACCGGAAGCAACAGGUUGAGGAUGGUGGUGCGGCGGGUCGGCAAGGUCCCCGGGAUCCGCUAUUCCAAGGAAAAGACCACAUGGGUGGAUUUGGUACACAGGCGCAUGGUGGUGGAGGAGAGUGGAAAGACGCCCUCUGAGGCCAGCUCUGGAAGUGCGCUCCAAAGAAUCGUUCACCUGUACACCACCUCUGACGAUUACUGCCUGGGAUUUAAUAUAAGAGGAGGCAAAGAGUUUGGACUCGGAAUAUAUGUCUCCAAGCUGGAUCCUGGUGGUCUUGCUGAACAAAACGGUAUUAAAAUGGGGGACCAGAUUCUUGCUGCAAAUGGGGUGAGCUUUGAGGACAUCAGCCAUAGUAGUGCAGUGGAAGUGCUCAAAACUCACACGCACGUUAUGCUCACUAUUAAGGAAGCUGGACGAUACCCUGCCUAUAAAGAGAUGGUGGCUGAAUACAGAUGGCUGAACAAAUUGGCUAAUGGCACACAGAGCUCUUCAUCGCAGGGCUCAGACUCAACCUCCUCUGCCUCCUCUCUCUCCUCUGGGACUCCGGUCAGCUCUCUCAGUGGUCUGUCCCAGGUCAUGUUCCCUCCCUGUUUGCCCUUUGGCUCGGACAUGGUGGACGUCUGCAUCUCCACUGAGGACCAGAGGUCUGAACCGGAACACUCUGACAUCCCAACUGACACAACUCGCAGCCUGGGACCAACCACUCUGCUCAAAGACACAGCCAUCCGAGGAGACGACGACAAGAAGAAGAAAGAAUCUCCCAAAACCGCCAUGCUCCUGGCUCUCAGUAAACCGAGCCGCCCCAUCACCAGGUCCCAGAGCCAAGUCACUAUAGCAGAGAUUACACAGAAAAAAGACAAAAAGCAGAAAGAAAAGGACCCAGAAGGGAAGAGCACACUGCAGCGGUCUAAAACAUUUGUCAACCUGCUGUUCAAGGGUGGACGUAGGGGGCGCUCCAAGUCCAGUGACAGGGCUGGAAAAGAUGGAAAGCCAAACGCAGAGAUGUUGGGGGUGGUGGAGGGGAUGGCUCGGAGGCUGCUGACGGAGGAGGAGGUGGCUGCGGUGAUGAAGACCUGCCGCAGGUACAUAGCAGAGCAGUCAGUAGAAACCUUCAUACGCCACCUACUGGGCAUUCUGGACAGACCUGAAAAGUUGCUGCUGCUGAGAGAAGCAAGAAUGCUGCUUUCUCCAUCGGACCUCACUUUAUUUAACAACAUGGUGGCCCCAAUCGAAGCUGAGGCCUACGACAUUCUCAAGUAUCGCUCAAUCCGAACUCCUCCCCUUCGCUCACCUAACGCAGGUCGGACCCCCAAACGGCACCUCAUCACACCCAUCCCAGACUACAGAGGAGGUUUUGAGCUGCACCACGCCGAGGAGGUGGAGAAAGAGAGCCACCUACUGGAGCAACUGGAGAAGCUCAGCCUGACUGCUCCUCGUGGGCCCAGACCCCACACGUCCAGUGCCUUUACCCCCCUGUUAGACAUACCAGUGGACGGCUACCACUCUGAAUCCAGGGACCUAAAACCACCCGCUAACCCCAUGGUCCCCAACUGGCUCCUGGCCCGCUCCGAAGACUCCCGCUCCCCCCUGAGAACUGACAUAGGAACAGUACGGUCUAUUCACUUUGACGAAGUUUCAUUGCAUUCAGCAUCGGAUAAGAGCAGCGUGACUACAGAGAGAGGCAGGUCCCCCUUUAGGAACGGACACUCCAAAGGUAAAAAGGAAAAAGAGGUUUUGUUUACGCUUCAAAGUGCCUCGAACAGGAGCCGGCCUCUGCUGUCCCAAGUGUUCAGCCCUGAUUUGGACAAAAAGCAGAGAAAUGUGAAUGGACAUUUAGCAGAGAAUGGACUCAAUGGGACAGGACCUGAACCAAAGUACGAGCUCAAAACGGUCAGCAUUUCCAAGACAAAGCAAUCUCUAGGUAUCAGUAUAUCUGGUGGCAUGGAAUCAAAGGUUCAGCCAAUUAUAAAGAUAGAGAAGAUAUUUCCUGGAGGAGCAGCUUCGACCAGUGAAGUACUAAAGGCUGGAUUUGAGCUGGUGUCAGUGGAUGGAGUGUCUUUACAGGGAAUCACGCAUCAACAUGCCGUGGACAUUAUCCGAAAAGCCUUCAGCAACAAGGCCAAAGACCCCAUGGUUUUUGUUGUCAAAGUCCCACAAAAUCCCUAAGAGGAUCAGCCUGGACUCUGAUGCACUUGAACUAAGCCACAGAUGCAAGACAACAAAGUCACAACAACUUAAAUCUAGUCAGAGGUGGGUAGUGAGACGAGCCCAAAACUGCAUUCAUAUAAGAAUACUGUAGAACACUGCGGCUACAUACUAAAAAGUUACUUAGGUUAAGUGUUACUGUGUACUACCCACCUCUGAAUGUCAUAUAAUACCCAUAAAAAGAACUAUCAAAAGUGGAAAAGUAUCAUGUAAAUAUUAUUAUUUUUUCUAUUAGUUUGAACAAUAGACAGUGAUGCCAGUAAAAUGAAUAAUCAUAUUUCAUGAACAGAUUUUUUCUGUAACAAAACCAUCCAGCCAAUUCACAGUGGAGGAGUGGUGUCCUCAUUCUCUUGAAUUAUUAAACGAUUGCAGGCUGAUGAGCUGCAAAUU